AUGGUCAACCAAAAUAGCAAAUCUCUAGCGGCGCAAAUUGCCACCCAGGGCCCAACCAAGGGCCAGCAGCGCAUUGGCCGUCGGGUCCAGCUAUAUGACGAGCUCAUGAGGAAACAACAGCCCCUGACCAAGAAAGACGCCGAGAGCGUGAGAAAAGUACCGCCGACCAGGCGAGAGAGAAAGAUCACCCACAUAAUGCAGGGUCAGGCCAGGCUAGUCCGAAAAGAAGUUCGGCAGACCGACCGAAGCAACAUAGCAGCUCUCCUAAAUGUAACCAGGAGCAGCAGACCAACGCUCACGGAAACUGGCCAUCUACAAUUCUGUGGCAACAUCAUCAUUCAAAGCGAAGACGAGGCUAUCCAAAACGCUAUAAAGGCUUCUGCCACUCCCUCUAACCCGUACCACCGCAUCCUGUUCGUCAGCGCCAAAGUGGGCAAAUGCAACCAGGUCAAAAUGAGGUCGGCUCAUGCCGGCGUUGUGUGCAAAAUGGCUUCUGAAAACAAGAACGACAAUAGCAAUGUGGACCACAUCUGGGAAGAGAACUUGUUCAGUCUAGGCCGGUCACAAAGCAAUCCUACAAAGCUGGGCAUCGAAGCCGGUCUGAGGUCCGUCGCUGAGGCGCUGACACUUGUCGCCACCCAGCUGGCAUGCGCGAGCGAUCACGGGCUGCCGUACAACGACAAGUUGUCCACACAGCCUAAAGUGACGAUUUUUACUGACAGCCAUGCUGUCAUGAACAAAGUGGGCAACACCAAGCUCACGGCACAGCAGCUGAAAAGCACGCCUUCCGUAGAGAAGCUAAUAACAAGAUCAGCGUACUUCACCACCUUGGCGUGGAAGUCGAGUUGCGUUGGAGUCCCCGCCUCCAGUUGA